AAGUCCCAGAAUCCCUAGCGAAGAGGGUUCGGUCUGAAGUUACCACAACAGGAAGCGUCACUGUGCUAAAAACAUUGGAGUAGGAAAAGUGCAACAAAACGCUGUCGAACACGAAGCUGCAGGAAUGUUUCCUUUUAAGAAAAUGUGUUGAUUUGUGAAAUAAUAUUUUUAUAAUCCACAACUUCUCUUCAUUUGAUCGGCAUCCAUCUUGAGAACUGUCGAAUUUGCGUCACUAGCAGCCCUCGAUAGAUAGCUUGUGUUGACCAAAAUGGAUGACAGCAAGAUGGUGGGAGGUAAAGUCAAGAAACCCGGUAAACGAGGCCGUAAACCCGCUAAGAUUGAUCUGAAAGCGAAGUUGGAGAGGAGCAGGCAGAGCGCCCGGGAGUGCCGAGCCAGGAAGAAGCUCCGGUAUCAGUACCUAGAGGAACUCGUGUCCAGCAAGGAGAGGGCCAUCUGCGCCCUGAGGGAGGAGCUGGAGAUGUACAAGCAGUGGUGUACAGCCAUGGACCAGGGGAAGAUCCCGUCUGAGAUAAAGGCCCUACUGACGGGAGAUGAACAGAAGCCUCCUCAGAGCUCCUCCACCAAGAGCUCCAAGAACAGCAACCAGAGCUAAUGUGUUGGGAGUGCCAGACCAGAACUAGUCUGACUGUCAGUUUGUUAGAGGUGGCAGCCCUGGGUUGUAUUCAUUAGGGAAAUUAUAUCAAAUGUUGUGCAACAGAAAACAGGGUGUUCAUAUAAUACCUACCCCCUUUUUCCAUCCCGUUUGCUUCCGUUUGUUGCCCUGGUGAAUACGACCCAGAGCGAGUCUGUCUGAUGAAAGGUUCCAGACCAGAGCUAGGCAGUAGGUACUCAGUCUGUCUAAUGAAAGAUUCCAGACCAGAGCUAGGCAGUAGGUACUCAGUGUCAUGCCAGACCGCUCCACUGUAUAAGGCCUCUGUGACAGAGAGUGAAGAGGUGUCUCACCGGUCUGUCUGUUUCAGCCCCUCCCCCUCUAGAGGAGACGCACAGCAACAGAACUGUCAGAGACACAUAUCAUUACUAACGCUGGAGGACCUUCAGAGUAAUAGCUCGUAUUAUUUACAGUUGUAAUCCACAUUUACUGGCCUGAUUUAUCAUGCGUGGUUCACUAUUGCAACUCUUGGAUUCGUUAAUGUUAGUAAUGUGAGAUGUUAUUAGCUGCAGCUUUAGACAGCAGUAUUAUUGAACAGUCUAUGUUAAUCUCCAUGUUUUAGCUUCUACGUGUGAGAAUUGAGGAAGUGUUUAAUGGUACAUGGAUGAAACCAGGACAGAAGAAGUGAAAGGGUUUAGGCUGUGCAUGUCCUACCUGGCCAUUCAGACAAAACAAAGCACAUAUUCACCUUCAAAUAAGGAAUUACUCUUUGACCUUUUAUUGGUUAGUUUGUGUUGGGAAAGGAGCAGAACUAUGGUAACAUCCCAAAUGGCACUCCAUUCCCUAAAUAGAGCCCUGGUCUAAAGUAGUGCACUAUAUAGGGAAUAGGGCACCAUUGGGGACAUGUAUAUCUUGUCAUAGCAGAAAAGAUGUCAUGUAUCUGCAGAGAUGAUGUAAUGAUAUACAGCACUGUAUGUUGAAUUUAUUUAUAUAUUUGUAUUGGAUCACAGAAAGCCCUUUUUCCCCGGUUUUGUAGUGUGAUGUUGUAGAACGUAUAGAAGGUCUGACAGACAAAAGAAAGAUCUUUCCCAUUUUGUAGAGAUGUUCAAGUCUCUUGUUUGUGUGAAAGGCUAGAAUGGGGACACGUCCUUACCAGAACAGAAGCUGCUGAGGCAUUGCUCCACCUAUGUUGUCUUUCAGUAACAUUACAUUGUAUCAUGUGGUAUCUAAUCGAGGCCUAGACGACUCAUGUUCUUUCACCAUAAUGCAACCAAAAUAUAGUAGCCUGUACCUGUUUUGGUUUACAAAUGAUGAUUCUAUUGUCCUAAGGAAAUUAAAUAAGGACUCAUUAAUAGACAUUCA